AUGGAGGGCUGCUACUCUAAGUUUCGCCGCUGCAAGAAUGCUUCGCACGGCGCCCUGGCUACGGAGGAUCCGGACAAUGCGCAGGCCAUGGACCGUCUCAGCAACAGGUACGCCGACCUCAACGCGGAAGCCGAUGCAAUGCAGACCUUCAAGCUGGAUGACCAGCUGGACAUGAUCAAGAAUAUUGCAGGCUUCUUAGAAGAUGACCUCGAUCGGAAGGUCGGCCUCUUCAGCGGCGGAUGGAAGGUCCGAAUCGGUGUCAGCAAGAUCUUGAUGCGGUCGCCUGAUAUCCUCCUCCUCGACGAGCCGACGAACCACCUGGACCUUGAAGCGGUUGAGUGGCUCGAAAAGUUCAUCAGAGUUUUGCAGAGCCCGGUCGUCGUAGUGACGCACGACCGUGAGUUCAUGAACCGCACAUGCAACAGAGUGGUCGAGACAGUCGAGGGCAUGACGUACACCUACAAAGGCAACUACACCGACUUCAUCCGGCAGAAGGAACAGAAGAUGGCUGACUGGAAGAAGAAGUUUGAUCUUCAGGAAAAGAAGAAGAAAGAGCUUGAGGAGUUCAUCAAGGUAAACCGAGGUGUGCAGUCUCUUGCCAACACGCGGCAGAAGCGCAUGAAGGAGUUGGAUGAGUUGAUGGAGAAUGCCAUGGACCCGCCUCCAGCUUUCGUCAAACGCAUUUCAUUCAGGUUCCCCGAGCCGGAGCGUGUGCACCGCGGCGGCGGGAACCUCGACAUCCUCGCGGAGUUGCGGGGUGUCAACCACGGCUAUGGAGAUGACGUGACUGCGCCUGAGUACGAACUCCUCAAGGACUGCGACUUCCAGGUCUGUCCCGGCGACAAGAUCGGCAUCGUUGGCGGUAAUGGCAAGGGCAAGCUUGUUUGCUGCUUCUUGGUGUAUGCAAAGGGACGAAGCGCUAGAUUGGCGGCUGGCAUCAUGGUGUUCCGCGCGAGCAUCACCAGCAUUACAUCCCUGCACACCUACGCCCCGUGCCUGAAUUGA